UCCAGAAGGAUGGGCCAAAAAAAGCAGCGACUGGCAGAGGCAGAGCAGCCACAGGGCCCAUCAUAUGCUGCCUGGAUACCUUCCCCCAAGGAGCCCCACAUGGGACCACUUGUGACCCCAGACCCUCACUGCAGUAUCUAUUUCUCAAACUCAAAGGACCAGCUUACCCGACUGGGGUCAGAGUUUUUCGACCAGCCAGCAGUUCCCCUGGCCCGGGCAUUUCUGGGACAGGUCCUAGUCCGACGACUCGCCAAUGGCACGGAGCUCCGAGGCCGCAUUGUGGAGACUGAGGCCUACUUGGGGCCAGAGGAUGAAGCCUCCCACUCAAGGGGUGGCCGGCAGACUCCCCGCAACCGAGGCAUGUUCAUGAAGCCAGGGACCCUGUAUGUAUACAUCAUCUAUGGCAUGUACUUCUGCAUGAACGUCUCCAGCCAGGGGGAUGGGGCUUGCGUCCUGCUGCGAGCACUGGAGCCCCUGGGGGGGCUGGAGACCAUGCGGCAGCUUCGCAGCACCCUCCGGAAAGGCACUGCAAGCCGUGCCCUCAAGGACCGUGAGCUCUGCAGUGGCCCCUCCAAGCUGUGCCAGGCCCUGGCCAUCGACAAAAGCUUCGAUCAGAGGGACCUUGCCCAGGAUGAGGCCAUGUGGCUGGAACGUGGCUCCCUGGGGCUCAGUGGGGCAGCUGUGGUGGCAGCAGCCCGGGUGGGCAUUGGUAGUGCAGGGGAGUGGGUCCAGAAGCCCCUGCGCUUUUAUGUCCGAGGCAGCCCCUGGGUCAGUGUGGUGGACAGAAAGGCUGAGCAAGGCACACAGGCCUGAGUAAAGGGCCUGCUCAGACAAAGCUUUUUAAUUGUUCAAAAAUCAAAUAAAUGCUUUAUUUCUAGAAAA